AUUUAUGUUAUUUGUAAAUGUGAGAAGAAUCAUUAAUGAGGGUGUGCCAAGUAGCGGCGAUUAGGGUGAUAAACGGGCCUUGUAACGUUCCCGGUCACACUUCGAGUGAGUGAAAAUUGUGCUCGGUACGGGGUGAGUGUCCAAAACGUUCAUUCCCCCCGCUUUAAAAGGGGGGCGGUGGCUCGCAUCAGUGUUUUUUUAUCGUUUCUUUAGACGUCUUCAUCCCGAAAAUAACAAUGGCCGGAGGAUUCGAAUAUGCAUGGAUUUUUAAAAUGCCAAGCUUGCUACCCUGGCAACCUACAUGCAUUUUCCUGACCCUUUCUUAUUACAUGUGUCAAUUAGCAUCGAAUGGACUUGGCAGAAACUAUGAAAAACAUUGUUGCCAAAGGUAUGCAAACCGAAAUGGGACCACCAGGCGGAGGUUCUGGUUAUCCUGGUACGCCAAGUAGUGCUGGUUAUGUUACUGAGAAGAUGUAUAUGUUAUUACAAGCCUAUCUUCAAAAUAAAGGUUGGAAUGCAAGCAUAGAACUUCUGCAAUGUUUUUCCGAAUUCAAGGAUGCGUCUAUGAUCCCAAGUGCUGCUUAUUUGCAAAUGAUGGCAUCUAGAAUAGCAUUGGACACUCAGGGGAGGCUAGUGCUUAGAGAGAAUGGGAAAAUAAUAUUGCCCUAUGAACAUUUUGCAAAUGCUGUGAUGUUGAAGCACAUGAAUGGUCCACAUGGUCUACAUUUAGGCUUAGAAGGCACGGUUAGGGCUGUUAUGGAAUCAUACACAAUUGGACGAGAAUGUUUUGGUAUGGAGAAAGAAUUUAUAAUUGAGGUGGUGCAAAAUUGUCCAAAUCCUGCUUGUCGUUACUACAAAAAUCAAUUGGAAUUAACCCAAAAAAUGGGACAUAUGGCGCCAACUUAUAUUCAAGAUAGCGAAACAACAGCCUCCCUUCUACGUAGUAGCUUUCCUCAUAAUACUGAUUUUCAAGCAAGUUUAAGUGGUGCUAAUCCAAAUACUCAUAUGGGUGGAGGAUCUACAGCAGAUUUAUCAGAAAUUAGAAAUGCUGGAAACCAAAUGAAUCUUCAACGUCCUCCAAGCCGUCCAUCAUUAAAUAUACCACAUCGGCCUGUGUCACAAGAAAAGAAAGUAACAACUGGGAAGCAGCAUUAUGAAUCUUUAGUACCUACUAUUUCAAUGUCUGAUCAUAAAUUAACAGAUUUUUUAAGAACAAAUUUGGAUAAUUUGGACAAUCUCGGCGGGCUUGGUUUAGGGAACUUACAAGGAAUAGGAAAUGCAAAUAAAGAUCUGUUAGCAUUACAUAAUGGAGCUUGGCCAUUGGAAAAUGAAAAAGGAUCUCGCUCGUCUUCAAAUUCAGAAGGUGGACAAGAGAAGAUAGUGAGGGCUUUUGCAGAGGUCAUGAAGAAUAUGGCAAGGAUGAAGGCUUGUGUACGUCCUGCAAUGUGCAAACCAUAUGGAAAGCAAUCAGAAGCUUUGCAGAAAACGCUAGUGGAUACCAUACAGCUUGUGCAGUCAUUAAGAAGUUUCCUGCCACCUCCACAUAUUCCUGUAUCAAGCUGGAAAAAUGAAGAUAAACAUCGAUUAGAUCAUACGGGUACUCCUUAUCUCCCAUCAUUAAAGACUGGAGGUUUAGAAGAGUUGUGCGAACAACGCAAGUUAGACUAAACAAUGUCUUCGCUUUCUAAGUGUUAGACCAGGUUUUGUCUUUGCGCUCUAUGAUGUUCUAGUCAUGUGGUGUUUAUGGGUUAGACGGGUGUUUUGUAUUUAAACAACCCGAAGGAUUGCUCAAAUGUUGUUGGCGUUUAGGACCUCAGAAUACUAAGAGACAAAAUGAGUCAUGCGUGGACUGUGAUAAACGUGGGUAGUGAAAAAAUUUAUAUAUAGUCAAUCGAAACUCACACCGUUAUUUCAGAUUUAAAACAAGCUUUAUCUUUUUGCUAUGAUUUUUUCUCAAAUCUUUACAAUCUGCCUAUGGGGCUUACUUAGCAAUAGCGGUCAGAUAAUUUUUAAGUAUCUGCCACGCAACAAAUAAUUAGCUUACUAUACGUAUUAUAAAACAGCAUUUAUAUUUUAUUAUUAUAUAUUGAUUUAAUAACUCACCAUUUGUGUUCUAAUGAUUACCUGAUUAAUAAUGUAUUAUAAAGUUUCUUUAUGAGUUAUAUAGAUAAAUUUUAUGAGUGUGCUGAAAGUUUGA